UCCAGUUUGGCGCGUCUGUUCAGAGCGUGAGGACCUUAGUUGUUGAGUCCGCCAAAACACGCACUCUACCGCCUUGUCUACAAAAGACGACCGUGAGAUAUUAACACAUAGCAGACCUAAUAUCCACUACAAAAGUGUUUUACAUGCUAAAUUCAUUUCUUGACAUUCUUCCGUGAGUGUGUGUAGUAAUUUUUAAUGUGUAUCCUUGCUGUCAUCCUACUUAACAAAAAAUAAAAACACUAAAAUUAUUUCAAACACAUUGCCACAGACUCCAGGACAAGGAUAUUUUGAAUAGUGAAAAGUGAUAGAUUUAUAGAUUUAUUGCACCUUCCAUUUUUUAUCUAUCUAGAGUUUUCCAAGAUAUAAAAUUAUAAUAUUAGAACAACUGGUAUAGGAUUUAUCAAGUCUCUGUCUUGUAAUUACUUGAAAAAAUCGGCAGUCAAGGAAGUAUUAAGUAGUGUUAUAUUGUUUGAUGCGUCUGUGACUCUAAACAGUCGUGAACCAGUUACAAUGCUCAAUUGAAACUAAGAAAUUGAUGUAGUGUUUUCGCCGGACCAAUAUACAGCUCCGUGGUAUGAUGACGCACAAGGAGAACUACAUUCUUCCUCUUUUGCUCAUUCUCUGCUUGGAAGGUUGCCGCUGUUUGAGAUUGACUGAAGUGCGAGUUGCACCCCACACAGUGCGAGGACACAGUUCGACCCUGGAAUGCGAGUUCGACCUGCAGGGUGAAACACUCUACUCUGUCAAAUGGUAUAAGGAUGGCAACGAGUUCUAUAGAUACGUGCCACGCGAUACACCGCCUGCUCAGGUUUUUCCUCUGCCCGGUGUUCAUGUGAAUGUUAUUGAGUCAAAUGAUACUCAAGUAAAUUUGGAGAGGCUGAGUUUGGCCAGCAGUGGUCGCUACCGAUGUGAGGUGUCAGCUGAAGCCCCAUCUUUCCAGACGGUGUCAGAUCACGGCGACAUGAUAACAGUUGCACUACCUGACGAAGGUCCACGUAUUUCCGGGGGAAGGCCAAGGUACCAGGUGGGAGAGACUGUCAAACUCAACUGCACAUCGGGCCGGUCGAAGCCAGCUGCUCAACUCAUGUGGUUCAUCAAUGGAGAGCAGGCAAAUACAACAUACCUGCGUGGUCCGAAGACAUCGUACUCGGGUAGAGAGGGGCUGGAGACGACCACCCUAGGACUGGAAUUCAGAGUGGAAGCCAGACAUUUCCGGCGAGGGGACAUGAAGCUGAAAUGCCUGGCUACAAUUGCAACUGUAUAUUGGAACUCGAACGAGGAGAGUGUGGAGGGUGACCGGCCGCAGAGACCGCCCGUGCUCGAAGUCAAAGAGACACAUCAAGACAAGUCCCGCGCCGACCGAGUGCAAGCGGCAACAACGGCCAGUGCAAGUGGAGAGAAUCGAACCGAUCAUAUAAAUUACAGCUGGAAUCUGCUGGUGAUAUUCUGCUUAGCGCUGGACAUGAUAAUCUCGCGCCAGAGCAGUAGCCUCCGCCUCCUCACGCCAGUCUACGUGAGGUAGCAGACCACAGACUACGCCGCUUGAAUUCUUAACAAAACAACAUCAAUUUCUUCCCCAGCUGACGUGAGGAUUCAUAAGGCAUCCUCGAGAAAGUGAGCGCAGAUUCAUUACGAGUCCUCGUAAGAGAGUGAACGAGGUAGCAUCUUGAAUCCCUGAAAAAGUGAGUGUGAACUCUUGUUUCCGACUGACUGUGUCUGAUCAAAAUACAUUAUUUCUAAAUUUAUUGUGCGCGUGAAUGUGAUGAUGAUGAUAAUGAUGAUUAUGAUAUUAUCAAACGAUUGUGAUCCACGUUAUAGUGUGUAAGUUUAUUGAUCAUGUAAAACUAUGAAUAGCUGAACGAAAGUUGUGUAAUCUAGUCACUGUAAUAAAAACAUGAAUCUUGUUUUAAUGAAACUCUCC